AUGUUGUCUGUUCGAUCCGCCCUUGAGAGUGACGAUAGCGCACAAAUCACUGCAACUAGUCUGAUAUCGGGCAAACGAGCUCCACAAGAAGAGCGCGUUGUCACUGCUGAGAGAGUCGAUGUGGUAGAGGGGGGGAAGGUGGUACGGACGAGUAAUGAAUGUAGCGAUGAUAGGACUGGCUCAUCGGAUCAUGAUGAUGAUUCUGAUGAGGGGGAGAGCGACUGCGAUGAAACUCCCGAUGGAAAAAUGGGAAAAUUUGAUGUGGAGCUGUUCGCCGAGACAACUGUUAUCGAGAGCAGCGAGUUCGAUAGCACUGAUGAUCUACUGAGGAGAAUCGGCGCGGGUGGUGAUGACUCUGAUGGCCAAGCAAAAGGGAAUGUAUAUGAGCGGAGCGAAAUCGCGAUUUCGAGUGCAACGUCCCCGAUAGUACAUGACACAUUCGGGAAGAACAACAUCUGGAAGCCCGAGAUCAACAACAACAACGGCAGCAGUAGCAGCUCGAGCUCUGAUCGCGUCCAUCCCGAUGUUUCUAAUUUAUAUUGGGAUUACGCCUUGGCCAUUGCUCCGCCAAUAGCAACGAUGACUACAGGUCGCGAUGGGUCGUAUCUCGGCACUUCACUGGAUGAAGUCUUGGAGUUCAACAGACGAUGUGAGAGGGAGAGGCAAUAUGGUGGACUGGAGAGGACCAGACGACAGGAAAAUGAGUCUAACGUGGUUCAAGGCGUAUCUACUGAAGCGAGGAACGAUGCCGCCCGGCGUGCUCUCGAGCUGGCGAUUGCGAGUUAUCCUCGCGAAGCGGGCUUCAUCUGUCAUCAGCUGCUGCAGAAUUUAACUAAUGAGAAUGUUGUGAUCCAGCCGGAGACGUACGACCUUAUGGUACGUGCAGCGGAGGUCUCGGGUCAUCGGGAACUCACCAAGCUGUUAUACGACACUGCGGGAAGGCGUCCUGAUGAUCAAAGCACUGGUGUGCGGUUAUCCAGUGUGCCUCUGCCGAGCCCGCCAGUUGGGGCAGUGGGGAGCAGUCAGCUGAGGCUCUACCCAGUGGUCAAUCCAGCGGUCCCUGGACGGGGUGAUCACCUCGCUCCAAUGACCAGGUCGCUCGAUGCGCUAUGUCAACAACAACGGACGUUUCAGUUAGCAGCGGUGGCGGCCGCUGCAGCAUAUCGUCAGCAAGAACAAUAUCAAAUGUUUGCUGCGCCGAAGACUGUCGGUGCUCGGGGUGCGGGCGCCAAUGUGAGCCUUCAGCGAAGUAGUGUAUAUGACUUCUCCCAGCAGGCCCCCUUUCCUCCUACUACGGCAGCACUUGAGCUCAUGUAUCAGCGACAACAGCAACAGCAGCAGUUCGUGAUGAUGUUGACGACGGGCGCCCAGCAACAGCCGAAGGAGGCUAACAACAAUAACUCGACAACUAGAAUGGUGCCUAGCCGCGAGACGGACUCGAGAGUAUAA